CCCCCUCCGCCGCUUCAAAACAAACCGUCACCAAAAUGGUGCAGAGGUGACGGAGGGAGAGGGAGGAAGGGGAAGAAGAAGGGGAAGAGGUGCCCGGCGUUGCGGGGACAGGUGAGAAAGGGCUGAUGGGGGGGAGGGGGUAUCCCCUAUGUAUCCCCUAUGUAUCCCCUAUGGGCGCUGCGUGCGGGGUGUUGGGGGGGGGGGGGGGUUGAUUGGCAAGAGCAGCUUUAGGGUGAAGCGAGCGGUGCGGCUCCGCUGCCUUGGCCGGCUGCCGCCGUGGGGCUGACAGCUGCGAUUGUUUGUUCCCGCGGCCCCUCCUGGGGGGAGUGGGGGUGGUGAGGGGGGGUCCCGCGUCGCCACCGCCGUUGGACAGCGGCCCGAGCCCGGCGGUGCCCCCGCCGCGGAGCGCUGCGUGGCUCGGGGCGGCCCGAGGCGGCCGCUGCCCGACGGUCUUCUUGCCUUCCCCAGCUCGUUCCUCGGCUUCGUUCUUGCGUUCCAUUUCGUCUUUCGUUUUAUUAUUGCGUUUUAAAUUUUCACCUCGCGCAGCCGGCGCUUCCCUCCUCGUUUUUUCCCCACUGCUCCGAGGGGGCCCUUCCUCCCUUCCUCCCUUCUCCCCCGGUUGCUGCCAAUCCCCGCAGCCCCCUCCCUCCCGGUCAGCCCCACAGCUGCCCCCUUCCCCCCCCACCCCCCCCCCAUCAACCCGCGUGGCUUUUCGUGCUGCCCAUUCUCCGCCACCCAAGGGACGGGGCUGUCCCACCCCCAGCACGCUGCCACCCUCCCACUCCCCCUCCUCCAGGCGAGGAGCAGCACUUCGGGUGCAGGUUUUUAGGCUUUCCCAGCGGUGGGGACGAGCAGCCCGGUGGAGCCGGGUGGAUGAUUCCUUCUAACGGAGCCGUUGUUGCUUUUUGGAUGGAGCAGCAUCCCGACCUUUCCGCACGCGCCGCGCCGAGCUCUGCGAGGUUUCUGAUGGCUCAGCCCCACUGGAUUCGCCGGAGGGUGCCAUGAACUGAGCGCCCAGCUCCGUUUCGUUUGCUUUCCUUUGGUUCUUCAUCGCUCCCUCUCCCGUGCAUUUUUCAUGAGAACGUUUUUAAAAGGGGGUUCCUCUCGCACUCCCCCCCCCCCCCCCCGAGCGACGCUGUGCUGCUCCGGUGAGGAUCUCCUGAGAAGAUGGGGAGGAAAAAGAUCCAGAUCCAGCGGAUCACGGAUGAGCGGAACCGGCAGGUGACCUUCACCAAGCGUAAGUUCGGCUUGAUGAAGAAAGCCUACGAGCUGAGCGUGUUGUGCGACUGCGAGAUCGCCCUGAUCAUUUUCAACCACUCCAACAAGCUGUUCCAGUAUGCCAGCACCGACAUGGACAAGGUGCUGCUUAAGUACACUGAGUACAACGAGCCCCAUGAGAGCCGGACCAAUGCGGACAUCAUUGAGACGUUAAGAAAGAAAGGUUUUAAUGGCUGUGACAGCCCGGAACCCGACGGAGAUGACUCGAUAGACCAGAGCCCCUUGAUGGAGGAUAAAUACCGUAAAGGCAGCGAGGAUCUGGAUAUCCUGUUCAAGCGAUACGGUGCGCUGAACAAGAAGCACAGGGAGUGCGAAAGCCCGGAAGGGGAUGAAGUGUUUGCACUGACCCCGCAGACGGAGGAGAAAUAUAAAAAGAUUGAUGAGGAGUUUGAUAAAAUGAUGCAGAGUUACCGGCUCGCAUCCGCAGUGCCCACGCCAAACUUUGCCAUGCCAGUGACGGUUCCCGUGACCAACCAGAACACACUGCAGUUCAGCAGCCCGGGCAGCUCGUUGGUGACCCAAUCCUUGGUGACCUCGUCGCUGACCGACCCCCGGCUCCUCUCCCCACAGCAGCCAACACUGCAGAGGAAUACGGUGUCCCCAGGGCUGCCGCAGCGGCCAGCCAGUGCAGGGGCGAUGCUUGGGGGUGACCUGAACAACACCAACGGAGCCUGCCCGAGCCCCGUGGGCAACGGCUACGUGAGUGCUCGUGCCUCCCCCGGUCUCCUUCCCGUCUCCAACGGCAGCACUUUGGGCAAGAUCAUCCCGGCCAAAUCCCCUCCGCCGCCACCCCACAGCACCCAGCUCGCCUCCAACAGCCGCAAGCCGGACCUGCGCGUCAUCACCUCGCAGAGCGGCAAAGGGCUGAUGCACCACCUGACGGAGGAUCACUUGGCUCUGCAGAACACGCAGCGGUUAGGUGUCUCCCAAGCGACUCACUCUCUAACCACGCCGGUUGUUUCUGUUGCCACCCCGAGCCUGCUGACACAGGGGCUGCCGUUCUCCGCCAUGCCGACCGCAUACAACACAGAUUAUCAGCUGACGAGUGCUGAGUUAUCUUCGCUGCCAGCAUUCAGCUCACCUGGUGGGUUGUCCCUUGGCAACAUCUCUGCCUGGCAGCAGCAGCAGCAGCAGCAGCAGCAGCAACAGCAGCAGCAGCAGCAGCAACAACAGCAACAGCAGCAGCAGCAGCAACAACAGCAGCAGCAGCAGCAGCAACAGCAGCAGCAACAGCAGCAGCAGCAGCACCUGGUUCCUGUAUCACUAGGAAAUUUAAUACAAGGGAGCCACUUGUCCCACACCACCACUUUGACUGUCAACACCAACCCCAACAUCAGCAUCAAGUCGGAGCCCGUCUCGCCCAACCGGGAACGAAACACUGCCACCCCACUCAGCACCUUCCCCCACCAGCCCCGCCAUGAGCCCACCGGCCGCUCGCCUGUCGACAGCCUCAGCAGCAACACCAGCUCCUACGAGGGCAGCGAGCGAGACGAUCCCACUCGCACCGACUUCAGCUCCACCCUGGGGCUGCUGCGCCCUGGUGGUGAGCCCGAGGGGGAGAGCCCUUCGGUGAAACGCAUGCGGUUGGAUACCUGGGUCACAUAACGGGUCCCUAUCAUCCCCGGGAGCGCCGCUGGCUUGCAGCGGGGAGGGGAGGGGGGGGUUGGGAUUCUGGGGACAAAACGGGUUUUAGGGGUUGGGGUGGGGAGAUUAUCAUAAACUGCCUGAGAAAUAGCUUUAGGAUUUUGUAGGCAUUCAUUCUAGCACAACGGGCGACGCACGCAGUUCUUACAGCCGGGAGCUGCAAGUUCCAGGGUGGGUGGCACAGAAAUCAAAGGGAGACGGAGCGGAGAUGGGGGCCGUGGGGCUGCGCUGGUGCAGCGAUGCGGGCGCUGAGCCUCCCCGAUGGCUGCCCCACAGCCUGGGCAGGGGAGGAUGGUUCAGCCCCACGGAAAGAGGCUGCGUGCUGCAGCAUCGCUUGGAGGCGUGGGGGGAACACGAGACAGGUUUAAAGCUUGAUCUUUGCUGUUUGGGUGUGAGGUGGUUGUGGACGUCGUCCUUCCCUGCAGAGAAGGGAGCGCGUCUGCUUCUGGCCACGGUCAUCCAAAGGCUGCAGCCACCUCUGCUGAGGUCCCACUGAGCCCUGCAGGGUGCUCGGCUGUGGCAGGGCUGGUUUGGGAGAAACAGUGGUUUUACCAAACAAAACGUGCAGGUGUGUUUAAAACGCGUUCCCUGCUCUAUAUGUGUGUCAAAGCUUUAAGUCAGAAGCUAGGAGUAAAUCGUUGUUAUUUAAGGGUUGCCACUGAAAUAACACCCUUAGGGAUUUUGCCUGAAGGCCUCGGAAGGAGUUGAGCUGAGCUGUGCAGGAUCUCUGCAGCAGCCUCAGCCACUUGGUUCAGUGGAAGGAAAAAGGGCACGAGGGAAGCAGGGGAAGUUCUGGAGCUGCUUCGCGGUGCCAUCUCCGCCCCCAUCCCUGCUCAGGAUAGUGAGGACAGUCCUCACACCACACCAUUCCUGUCCACUGAAGCUUGUGGUUGCAGAAUGGCACAGAACCUGCCCCAACACCUGAACUCAUCCUGCUCCAGGGCCACAGGGAGGUCCCUGGGGGAUGGGGGCUGUGCGUCUGCCUCCUUCCAGAGACCCCAGCAGAGUUAGAGGGGUUCCAGCCCAACCUGUUGCAGCGGGACAGAUUGUAAUGGAAUGAAUGUGGGCAGCUUAAGGCGAGCGAAUAGGGGAAGUCCUCCGAAAAUCCGGGUGGGAGUGAAUGGUGAUGGCUGUGGAGAGGCAGCACGGAGCCGACGCAGCCCCACAUCCCUGCGCAGCGCUGCAGAGGCGUGCAGGCAGCAAUCUCCUGCUGAAAACCUUUGAGAAGCCCCAUUUGCCACCGUUUAUCCAUAGGCUGAUUGAGUUCUGAAUGUGAAACGUUGGCGUUCCUCUCCCAUUGCGGCACGCAGUGGGGGACCCACGCGGGCAGAUUCUGUGCCGUGCACCCCAAUCCUCCUCUCUCCGCCUCAAACCCUUCACGGUGUGCACCGGGCUUCUUGUCCACGCCGAGGUGACGUGGAUCUGCCCCCACGUCCCAACUCCGUCCCUCUGUCCCAGCUCUGUCCCCGUGUCCAUCCAGGAAGCAGCCACACCGCCAGCACCCGGCGGCCCUGCGUGCAUCGGACCCGCACGGCAGCUCUUUGCACGGCCUCGCUUUGGAAAUUAGGUGGGAUUGACGAUGUCUCGUCGCUCUCAUUUCCUUUUCUUUUUUUCCUGACCGUCCUGCAAGAAAAAAUAACGCCGCAACCGAACGUUUUCCGGCCCCUCAAAGGAGCGGGAGGGCGGCAGUGCGGCGCUUGGAGGGCGACGGAACAUUUCUGCUCAUUGACUUCACGCCCUGACUUCACAUCUCAGAGAGCCAGAAAAAAAAAAAGGAAAAAAAAUCCAAAAAAAAAAAAGAAAGAAAAGAAACAGAACGCACCCAUAAAGCAUCACUGCUUUCAGCCAUGCGGAGUUGGGCUGCUUGGUGUGCACCCAUCCAUUGCCAUGCUGCACCAAGCCGUGCCAAACCGGAGCGCAUCCGCAGCAGCGCAGUGCCAGGACUCUACGGCUCAGCAUUGACGCAUUGGGUUGGCACGCUGGGAUCCUCUCCAUCCCAUCAUGAGCUCGGGGUGUCAUCGUUAUGCCCAGGUCAUUAAUUCCCCAUAAGAGUCCAGGAAACUCCUCCUAAUUUUCAAAAGACAACGAGAAACGACAAUCUUAAGAAACCAACACCCUCCUUUGCGCUUCUAUAAAUCCGUUCGGAUCUUUGCCGUUUUAUUUCUCGUGCUCAUCUGUACUGUUGACAGUUACAAUUGUGUAUAAUUUUUCUUUUUUUUUUUUUUUUAAUUUGGGAUUUUUGCGUUGUAUAGGGUUUAGUUUGAAUAUAUAUAUAUAUAUAUUUUUCCCAUUUUUUUUUUUUAAAGGGGUGUUGCAAAAAAAAACAAACGAAAAGAAAACCACACACACACACACACAAAAUAAUUGCACGGUUGAAAUGACAAUAGUUAAAAUGCUGCAGUUUUUAAGAGACGUGGAAGCAAAACGGAGCUUAUUUAUUCUCAAAGGCUAUCAAAUGCAUGAAGAAAAAAACCAACCUUUACAUUAAAAAAACGAAAAAAAAACCAAAAAAGCAGAGAGAGGAAAGGUGGAACCCGAGCAAAGCGUGGCGAUACGGAUCGGAGACGGCGACAAAAAAAAAAGACAAAAAAAAAAAGACAAAAAAAAAAACAACCCAAAACCAAAACCCAGCUAAUCUGUUGUGUUUGGGCUAUAGUUUGCUUUUUUUGUUUUUAAUGGUUCCUUUUUUUCUUUUUUUUUCUUUUUUUUUUUUUUUUUUCCGGAGAAUGAAAUACAAUUGUGUAUAUUUUCCUAUGAGAAGUACGCACUGAUGUGUUUCGGAUAUGCUAUCGUUGCUUUACUGAAAGCGUGGUUGCUUCACCAAAGCCUGGUUCUGAUCUGUACCCCCAUAGCCCCCCAUAACCCCCCACCCCCCACACCUACCCACCCCGCUGACCCCGUGGUCCCCCCCUCCCCGUCCCCCCCCCCGCCGUGUGCUCCCAUGGCACAGUGGGAUGUGGGUGGGGGGCGCUGGGGGGUGUGGGGCAGCGGGCAGCCCCUGGUUGGGCACCGUGCGCUGCGAGGAGCGGCACUGCUCUGCCCUCAGCCCCAUAGGGGGGGAUGCGUGUCCAUGUGCCCCCCCUGGGACCUCCGGCGCUGGGGAGGACGCUGAAUGCAGGAGGAUGGAGGUGAGGAAGGGGGAGGGGAACGCUUCCUCUCCCUUUUUGCUCCUCUCCUUCUCUCGAAGCUCUCGGCCAAGCAGGGAUGUGGCCCAGGGCUCUCCAACCCCCCAAACCUCCGUCACCCCAUCCCCAUCCUCCUCUCCCUCCCAGGGCUCUGCGGGCUCCUUUCAACCGAAGCUUUCCUCGUCUUCCCCUUUCCCACCUUCACACCCCGUUCCCUCUUCCCUCCCUUCUCCCCACCUCCCCGUUUCACGCCGUUGUUUUUGGACACGGACCCAAACACGAGCAUUGCGUUCUCACUACCUCCGUCCCCAUCCCGCGACCAGAAGCCAUGCUGGAUCAGGAGGUCCCUCUCCUGCUGUGCUUUCCUUUCCCCUUUCUCCCCUCUCUGAUCUCCCUGGUAGUAUUUGACCCCUCGGCUACCGUAACUGUAAAUAGCCAGCUUCACUAUGUCAGCAAUGCUAACAGUACAGAAAACUGGGGGUUUUUUUUUUGGGGGGGUGGGGGUUCCUUUUUCUUUUUUUCGUCGUCGUUGUAUUGAUAUGAAAUGAGAUUUCUAUUUUUGUCAGAGUAUAUUGUAAUAAUACUGACCUUGGGCAUGGCCGAGCUGUGCAGCUGCUUUGUUCCACCCCGGCUCUCCCCGCACCCCAUGGAGGUUUUGGGUUCUGCUGCGGGGAACGUCCAGAAACUCCAAUUGGGAGCAGAAACCCACGGGAACUUCUCGGCCCCAUUCUCUGAGUUCCGUGCAGGGCGGCAGAGAGAAGAGAUUUGGGUUUGGAUUGAGGGCGAAAUCUCACAGCAUCCCCGGCUGGACCUGGCAGCGUGGCUCCUUGCAGGCAGUUUGCAGGCAAAUAGGACCUGAAAUGGGAAGGGGUGGGAGGUGGGGGUGGGGGUGGGGGGGGGGGUGGGGGGGUACAGCGGCUGUGCCGCAGCAGUUUCCCUGCAGUCACCCCUGGGUGCUUUUAGCAUCGUGUGCUCAUUCUUCCCCAUCCCAUUUGCUCCCCCCUCCUCCCCCCCCUGAACCCUAGCUAGCUCUUAUCUCAGCCCUAACCCUAAACCUUACCCGAAGUCUAACCUUAACUCUAACCCUAUAAUCCUAACCUCAACUCUAACCCUAUAAUCCUAACCUUAACCCUCACCCUAGCCCUAUAAACCUUACCCUUACUCUGUAACCCUUAGUCUAACCCUUACCCUAUAACCCUUACCCUUGCCCUUACCCUAACCCUAAUCCUAUAAUCCUAACCCUCACCCUAACCAUAUAACGCUUACCCUCUAACCCUCUAACCCUUAGCCUAACCCUUGCCCUAUAACCCUUACCCUAACCCUGUAAUCCUAACCUCCACCCUAACCGUAUACUGCUUACUCUUACCUUAACCCUAUAACCUUCACCCUAUAACCCUUACCCUAAGCCUAACCCUAUAACCCUUACCUUUACCCUAACCCUAUAA